CAUGGUGACAGAAGACAGACUGUACACCCACUGAUGCAGACACUUCAUCUUCGUUCACAACACUUUUAGACCUGCAGAAAAACUCAGAUACAGCUGUGGAGUCGGCAUCUGAAGCGUAUUUCUCUUCUUUUUGAGGACAUCAUGCGCUGGAUGCUAGCUGGAUGCUGGGGGCUUGUGUUAAUCAGUCUGUCAGUUGCUGAUAACAAGAAACUGCAGAUCAGACAGAAACCCCGCUUCUAUGGUGUGACAGUUAACACCAAUGUGCCCAUUUACUGUUCAUCCUCACGACAAGACAAUUCUACUGUGCAGUGGUUCAAGGCCAACAAGAUCGGAGACGAGCAAACACCGCUAUUGACAUUGAUAGAUGACAACAUUAAUUUUCAAAACCAUGGUUUUAUGCAAAAGGCCUAUCUUUACAUCACCAAGAUACAAAUGAGGCACAGUGGCGUGUACUACUGCAUGGUAAAUGAAACACAGGGACCUGGAACCGAAGUAAACGUUUUCAGACCCGUUGCGAUGGAAAAGGCACUCUACAGGAGCAACGUGAAGGACGGUCUCAUUGUGUUCCAGGGUUUUCUUUUGGCUGUAUUCAUCGCUGCUCUGUUCCUACGUAAACAAAAACUGUGGGAACAAAGAGACAGCGAAUACGAGGAGCCGGAAACAGAUCACAUCUAUGAGGGCUUGGCGAUCGAGACAUGUGGUGGAGGUCUGUAUGAGGAACUCUCCGUGUAUGCUCAGGCUGAGGGAGCUGAGGCCCCGUGGGAGUGAGACUCACACAACUACUUUUCACCUGCUAAAGCCUCUGAAUGAGGACACAUAAUAUGUUCUUAAUUGCAACUUGUAAAGUCCUUAAAUAGUUUACUGAGAAUGGAGACGUGCCUUUUUCUCACAACACAAUACAUGGUUUGUUCGUAGAUGUGCAGCUGCAUGCUUGCCCUAUUUUUUUAAUGUGAUGUGCUGUUUAGUAACACUGUUUUGAAUUAAUCUGUUGUCGUAAAGUGUAAAUAAGCCUUUCUGCAAUUUAGACCCAAAAGCUGAUAUUUCAGCGGACCUUUUUGGUGCUUCUGGUGAUGUUUAUUUAAACUAUAUUGUGUAUCAGGUGGUCCUGUAAAAGCCCAGUCUAUCAGUCUAUCACAGGCUCUGGGUUGUACCCCUGCUCUUGAUCAGUGUGAGCUGGGACAGAAUCCACACCCCUUACGACUCUUAAAAAAUUAGUCUUACGUAAGUAGAUGGAUGGAUAAUUUCAUACUGACUGUACUAACAUGACAUUUUGAAGCCUGUGGGUGGUGGAAAAACAAAGACUAACUUGUGUCAGUAAGAACUAAAACAACAUCCUACUCGUUUUUUCAUUUUUCAGUUGUUUGUUAAGAUUAAGUAUAUACAUAUGUAUUUUGUUUGUUUAACAUGAAUAAAAACAAUAAACACA